AUGGGCUCGGCAACGCAUCCAGAAGCUGGAGAUCUGGACUGGCAAGAUACGCUGUUCCACACAGGAAUUCCAAGCGCUCAUCCGCGUCCGUCGCUGGCCAUCUAUACCAACGAUACACGUGACAUCACCGAGGGGCGUUGCAAUGCCAGUUGCCGCAUCGAACGUGCAUUACGUUGCCGCCAAAGCGGCUACAUGGAAUUGUACGGCAAGCAGGGCGAGCGCAACCGUGACCAACUACUCAGACGCUUUUUUCAAGCAUCCCACCUUGACAAUGGCCGUGUGGUCUACAAGCAUCUAACACUAUUUGAAGGUUCGCAAUUCUUGCUGAAUGGCUGCUCCGUUUUCCGAGAUUAUUCCUCUCCGGACCUAGCGGCCACCUGCCUGAUUGCGGAAAUGGGAGUCGUUAAAGAUGAAGAAGAACGCCCAUGGCAUAACCUGACCUUCAUGGGUAUCUGCUUGGUGGUUGUGCACAGCGUUGACGAGGCCGACCAGCCAGAUCCAUUGGACGAUCCGACGGUGAUGGUGCCACUUAACGACCUAAUUUGGGGUAAAUGCAUCCCGCGCAGCUAUCUUGUUUGCCCGAUAAGCGAGCAAUCUGAUCCCAACAAGCUACUCUGGGUCUGGGCU